CGCCGUGGUGACGGUACGUGACGUGUCUCUGUCAACAGAACAAUGGCGGAUACCGUGGAGGAAGCUCAGGGCAGCUGGGACCAGGAUUUAGCUGAAGUUCUGGACUCUGGUGGGUCAGACAGUGAGAUGGAGAGCAUCAUGCAGAUCCAAGAUCAUUCAGUUGAACAUAGAGCCAAGAUGUGGAAGAUUGCUCUGAACGUCUGUGGAAAAGGAGACAGUCUGUCUCCAUGGGACGGUGUGCUCGAUUUACCAGAACAGACGCUCAUUCACAAUCGUAGUCAACAGCUGAUUGACCAGCUGGGAGUUUCAGAGGAAGAGAGGAGUCAAAUGGUGUCUGAUGUCGAGUCGGUCAUCACUUUCUACUGCAAGUCCCGCAACAUUACCUUCACCCCGGAGCUCAGCUUGCCUCACUUGCUCAAACCACUGCUGAGGCUAAAGUUACCCCGCAGCGACCUCUACAACUGUUUCUACGCCAUCAUCAACAAAUACAUCCCCAGGGAGUGUGUGCCGAACGGACGACCCUUCCACCUUUACAGACUGUUGCUACAGUAUCAUGAGCCGGAGCUGUGCUCCUUUCUGGACACCAAAAAGAUCACACCGGACUCCUAUGCUAUCAACUGGCUGGGCAGUCUGUUUUCCAGUCACUGCAAGCCUGAAGUUACUCAGGCCUUGUGGGACUCAUACCUCCAACAGGCUGAUCCUUUCUUCAUCUUCUUCCUCAUGCUCAUCAUCCUUCUCAAUGCCAAAGAGACCAUCCUUGCACAAUUUGGAGGCAGCAAAGAGGACAUCAUCAAAACGUUGGAAACAUCUCCUUCUCUCCUGGAAGCAGAAGACAUUGAAGAUUUGUUUUCAUUGGCUCAGCAUUACCAGAGCAAAACUCCUCUGUCACUGAGAAAGAUGAAUCAGAAUCUUUUUGGUAGCAGCCUGGUGGCUCUUAAAGAAGAGGAAACUGACCUGAGUCAGGCUCUAUGCCUCCCUGUGUCUGUCCCUGAAAUCCUGCAGGCCAACCAGCUUCAGCAGGACGGGGUACGUUUCUUUGUGGUGGAUUGUCGACCUGCAGAGCAGUACAAUGCUGGGCACCUGUCCACAGCCUUCCACCUGGACUCUGACCUGAUGCUCCAGAACCCCUCUGAGUUUGCUCUGUCUGUGAAGUCCCUGUUGGAGGCACAGAAGCAGUCUUUAGAGUCGGGCUCCAUCGCUAGUGGAGAGCACCUGUGCUUCAUGGGCAGCGGGAGAGAAGAGGAGGACAUGUACAUGAACAUGGUUCUGGCUCAUUUCCUCCAGAAAAGCAGAGAAUAUGUGAGCAUUGCAAAGGGAGGCUUUAUGGCCCUCCAGAAGCACCUGGUAGACAUGAAUGUUGAAGGCCUCGACUCCUCUUACAUGAACUGGAUAGUCAGCACAUCUGGAUCUCACAGCAGCCUCAGCUCUGUUGAUGGAGAGUCUUUGAGCAGCCCUGGGGACGGCAAAGGUGUGAAGUCUCUGGUCAAUAAAAUGACUUUUGCUCUCAAGUCCAAGUCGGUUAACGUGAAGGAGAAGAUGAUUAGCUUCAUUGAGAACACAUCCGCACCUGUAGACAGAAUAUCUUUGAAUCUGCCUUGGCCAGAGAAGGUGAUUCCAGAUCGACACGUGAGCAGCAGCGACCGCGUUGGUAAACCUUACCGGGGGGUGAAGCCCGUCUUUAGCAUUGGUGACGAAGAGGAGAAUGACACAGAUGAGAUUGACAGCUCCUCGAUGUCAGAUGAUGACCGAAAAGAGAUUGUGAACAUUCAGACGUGGAUGAACAAGCCAGAUGUAAAACACCGCAUUCCCUGUAAUGAGGUUAAAGAAACCGGUCACAUGUUUCCCAGUCACUUGUUGAUCACAGCGACCCACAUGUACUGCCUUAGAGAGAUUGCCUCCAGAAAAGGAUUCGCUUACAUCCAGUCCAGACAAGCGCUGAGCUCUGUGGUGAAGAUCACAUCCAAAAAGAAGCACCCAGAACUUAUUACUUUCAAAUUCGGAACCAACAAUUCAGCUGGAGUGGAAAUAUCUGCAGUUGAAAGAUAUUUGAUACCAAACGCAGGCGACGCCACUAAAGUCAUCAAGCAGCAGAUUAUGAAAGUAUUAGACGCUCUGGAGAGCUCGUAAAUGGAGACGAUGGAGUCCUGAAAGGAGGUUGUAGUAACAGCAGAUGACAUAAACUGUAAGAAGAGUUGUCACCUCUCGCUCUCCCUUUGGGUGUCCUCCCUCCUGGACAGAUCCCAGUGCAGUGUUUGACUCGGACGCUCUGUGUCUCCGUCUAUGGGACAUUUGGACAGACCGCCAUCAGCAGACCUGUGGUUCAGGCUUCUUGUGCCCAAAUACUUAGGUGCUCCACAGUCAUCCAACCAUUACCAGUGACUAAUUUAAGAAAUAUUGGUUAUGUUGUGUGUUCUUUCUUAGAGAUGCUAUUACAGUGCAGUUUGGCUUUGAUGUUGCUCUGGUCUUAACGUAGCAUACUGGCCAGGCAGCGGUAAAUCUCUAAAACCCAUACAUAACUGACCCUUUGAUUUGACUCGAGCAUCUUAGCUCAAACUAACUUGUUUUCUUGUGAUUGGUUUUGCAUUUUGCUUUACACACUGACCAAAUUAUUCGUCAUUCCAGUAAGAAUACGUCAGCUGAGCUAAGACGUAAAGAUCUAGGUCCUGAAGAAGAAACGCUAAUGCUGGCACAAGAGUUUCCUGCUUUUUUUUUUUUUGGGUUCAUUUUUGCCCUUUUCCAUCAGGUAGCCUUAAAAAGAAGUUAUUGGAGGGUGUUUAUAAAUAUCUAAUGUAUAUAUUGUGUGGACUGCUAUGUCAAAACAGACAUUGGCAAUGUCAUUAUGAAAGCAUAUCCUGAUCAUUAGAAUAUAGCAAGAAACUGGAACCAGUUAAAGCGGAUUCAGACAUCUUGUUCCUACAGUGUGUGUUUCCGUGGUCUAGUUUAUUCUCAGCUCCUAAAUAUUGCGCUGAAUUGACCACGUCUCCAACAGUUUGAUGUAGCUCUCAGAAAAUGGCCUCCACAGCCCCUCAGGGCUAUGCUAGGAUCACUCCAAGAGGUCCAGUGAUUGUAACUGAAAGCCUGAGAAACUCCGUAUUCUUUCCAUCUCAUUCAGUUUAUUAUGCAGUUGAGUUCCUCAGAUAAGAUCACUGGGCUUUUCUUGCUAUGUUUCCCUCCUUGGCUCACAUAGGAAAUGUGUUGUAGUAAUGAGGACUAUGCUUUGCUCCCAGAAGCACUAAACUAUAAACUGACUGGUUAUGUUUUCCGAUCUGUUUGUAUUUUUCAGUUGUAAUUGUCAAAACCGAGCAUCAUGCGUGUGCUUGCCACCGUUGCCUCUGGCCUCAUAGCUGUGAAGUCAUUUUAGACACCAGCAGUGGCAACAUUAACCAGUAACACGCGGUUUCUUUUCUCAUCUUAAACUCUCUCCUCACAUUUGCUCUUGCUUACUUAUUCAUUUGCUUUAAGCUUACCUGUGCAGGCAGCAUGGAGCAGCCAUUUGAGUGAAAAUUUCAGUUUCUGAAUUGUAUUUAUUUUUAAUCAUACUAAUCACCUUUCAAUCCAAUCCAUUCUUGUAUUACCCAUUUAUUGUGUUGCAACUUGUUCAUUUGCCAGUUUUCCGUAUGCCCGCUGACGGGAACUUCCUCGACCGGGAGUCUUUAUGUCACUCUUUAACAUCGUUAACAGGAUGGCAACCACUAUGUUGAAAUGAAACAAGUAUAAUUACUUUGCACCUUACUGUACUGCUAUAAUUUUCUAAACAUUUCCGUUUUUAAUAAAUGGAGACUAUUGGACUGCA